AAAAAAAAACCAACCCUGAACUCUCUCCAUAUCGUAUAAAUCCUUGUUAGUUUCCAUAGGCUUCAGCAUCUGAGCCAAACAAAGGCAUUUAUUCUCUCUUCCCUUGUAGUUGCAGCGAAAAUGGUCUCAUCUUCAAUUCCAAUUACCCCAAGAAAAUUCCGAUCUGAUCUCUACUCCUCAUACCAAGAAGAUUCAAAUAUCCCAUUAGUGAUCUAUGUUGUUGCUUCUCUCCUUGAGAGAACCAUAGCUAAGAACGAGAGGAUUGCAACAAAAUGUAGCCGGUCACUAUCAAUGGAUUCCAGAAGUCUUGCUGCGUUCGAAUUCGAUUGCUAUGAAGCGCCAAACAUGGAAAUUCAAUCCUUUCUUGAGAGAAUUUCUCGUUACACUGGUGUUGGGCCCCCGGUGUACGUGGUUGCAUAUGUGUACAUUGAUCGGCUGUGCCAAAUCCACCCCGAAUUUCGAAUUACCUCCACUAAUGUUCAUAGGCUUCUCAUUACCACCAUUAUGGUGGCCUCCAAAUUUGUGGAAGACAUGAAUUACAGGAAUUCGUACUUUGCAAAGGUCGGGGGAUUGACGACGAACCAGAUGAACAAGUUAGAGGUUGAUUUUCUGUUCCUCGUGGGGUUUAAAUUGCACGUUAAUGUAAGCGUGUUCAAGAGCUACUGUUGUCAUCUGGAGAGGGAAGUAAGCGUAGGAGGAGGCUACCAAAUAGAAAGCACACUCAAGUCCCUGUGGACCGAAGCCGAAGAGAUCAAAUCAAUCUCAAGCAAGGGAAGAAAAUGAUUUCAAUCAGCUCACCCCGUUUUAGUUCAUAUUAAGACGCGCACUUUUAGUGGUAUAGAGGACGUCACUUUGCUAAUUAUUUUGUGUUGUUCCAUUCUGAUUUUGGUUUUACUUCAAUACUAAUAACCCCUUCUCCCAAAAUCGAAUCCGCAUCAAAUACUAACUAACUGAAUCACCAUUCAUUUGGCAUUUG